UUUUUCUUAUUAUUAUUCAAUUCUUGAUUGUGUAGACUGUUAAGGCUAGCCUCCGCAACUGACUUCAUACUACUUCAUAGCUUCCGCAGCUUUGCCGUCUGCACUCCGCGCGCUCACACCUGCCCUCACCGAACAGCCCCAACCAGCUCGCCUGUCCGCUUUUAUCGUCGUUGUUGUGCUAUUUCUCUUCUACUUUAUUCAUUCGUCUACAUAGUAUUAUAGUCGCAGUCGCCUGCCUGGUCCGUUCUCUCGCCUCUGACGUAGCACCCGUGGCUCGGCUCCGCAAGCUCGCAGCUAACAGUCUCCUGGGCAGCAACAGGCUUUUCACGCCAUCGCCAAUCCUCACACCACCGGAAAUAAAUUAAUCAACCAUGUCGAAACGAGACGCCAACCUCAACAUACAGCCGCGCAUGGCCAAGCGAGGCCCCUUCACCGUCGAGGCCUCCGGCUACGACCCUGUGGACGGCGAGACGAUUCCUCGCCGCAAUCCAGCCUCCAAGGACAAGCUGAUCACCCGCCCAGCCGACGACGUCGCGACCGUCUACGAUAUCAUGCGGCGAGGCGCCAGGUUGUUCGGCAACGCCAAGUGCGUGGGCUCGCGCCGCCUGAUCAAGACCCACGUCGAGAACAAGAAGGUUAAGAAGGUCAUCGAUGGCGUCGAACAGGAGGUCGACAAGAAGUGGACGUACUUUGAGAUGAGCGAGUACUCGUACCUCUCCUUCAACGAGUUCGAGAAGCUGGUUCUGCAGCUUGGUUCGGGCCUGCGCAAGCUCGGCUUGAGUAAGGGUGACAGACUGCAUCUUUAUGCGGCGACUAGCGCACAUUGGUUGGCUCUUUCGCACGGCGCUGGAUCCCAGUCCCUGACAUUUGUUACCGCUUACGACACCCUCGGUGAAGACGGCCUGAGGCAUUCUCUCAAACAGACAAGGAGCGACGCCAUGUUCCUGGACCCGAACCUGCUCCCCUCGCUGAUCAAUGUUCUCGCCGAUGCGACGACCCUCAAACAUAUCAUCUACAACACUGGAGAAGUCAAACAGGAGCAUUUAGACAAGCUCAAGUCGGAUUUCAGCCAUAUUAACGUCCUCAGCUUUGAUGAGCUGCACAAGCUUGGCGAAGAGAACCCAGUCGACCCUGUUCCUCCUGCUCCUGAAGACCUCUUCUGUAUCAUGUACACUUCGGGAUCAACGGGUCAGCCAAAGGGUGUGUCUUUGACACAAGGAAAUGUCGUCGCAGCUGUGGCUGGUGUGAACGUGAUUGUCGGCGAUUACCUUGGACCCGGAGACUCGUUGCUUACCUACCUCCCGCUGGCUCACAUCCUCGAGUUCGUCUUUGAAAAUUGCGUCCUGUUCUGGGGUGGUUCCAUGGGCUAUGGAAACCCGAGAACCCUGUCAGACGCCUCAAUGCGCAACUGCAAGGGCGACAUCCGCGAGUUCAAGCCUACCGUUCUCGUCGGAGUGCCCGCCGUCUUCGAGACCGUCAAGAAAGGAAUCCUAGCAAAUGUGGGCAAGGCUAGUUUCCUCGCAAGGAACAUAUUCUGGGGAUCGAUUAGCGCCAAAGCCUUUCUUCUUGGAAACGGCCUGCCAGGCUCUGGUAUCCUUGAUGCAGUCGCUUUCAAGAAGAUCAAGGACGCCACCGGUGGCCGUCUGCGAUUGUUGAUGAACGGUGGUGGUCCCAUUUCCAAGGAUACUCUGAAGUUCAUCUCAUACGCGAUUGCGCCCAUGAUCAGCGGUUACGGUUUGACCGAGACGACUGCGAUGGGAGCACUGCAAGAUCCGCUGGCAUGGAACCCAGACGCCCUCGGCGAUAUCCCGGCCUGCAUCGAGAUCAAGCUGGUAGACUUCCCCGACGCGGGCUACUUUACAAAGAACGACCCUCCUCAGGGCGAGAUCCUGAUCCGCGGCGGCAGUGUCACUAACGGAUACUACGAAAACGACGAGGAGACCCGGAGCGCCAUCACCGACGACAACUGGUUCCAAACGGGUGACAUUGGCGAAUUCGACAAAUUCGGCCACCUGCGGAUUAUCGACCGCAAGAAGAACUUGGUCAAGACGCUCAACGGCGAGUACAUUGCGCUCGAGAAGCUUGAAUCCGUCUACCGCGCACACCCCGUCGUAGCCAACAUUUGCAUUUAUGCCGCCGAGGACCAAAUCAAGCCGAUUGCUAUUGUUGUGCCGGUCGAGGCUGCGCUGCAGAAGAUUGCCAAGGCGAAUGGCAUCGCCGGGGAGACCGUGGAGUCGUUGGUUCACAAUGAGGAUUUGAAGGCUGCGGUGUUGAAGGAGUUGCAAAGCGCAGGCAAGGCGGGUAAUCUGCGGGGGAUUGAAAUAAUUGAUGGUGUAGUUCUGUCUGACGAGGAAUGGAACCCACAAAACGUACGUCAUAUCUCUCACUUUCAUUUCUUUCAUCUCUUUUGUCCCUUUUUGUCUUCAGCUAAUUUAUUAUUCAUUCACAGGGCUACACCACUGCGGCCCAAAAGCUGCAGCGCAAGAAGAUCGUCGACCACUUCCGCACCGACAUCAACCGUGCAUAUGGUAAAUAAGAGCGCUAGCCUGGCGUAAUUGAGCACAUGGUGGAGGGUGGAGAGUAGACAAAGAUGUCUAGAGGCGGAUCGUUGCGUAUGCGUAUAUAAUGUAAUUAUGUUUUUUGUAGUUUUCGGUUCUUUUGUUAGCAUCGUACGAUUCUUUUGUGGUUGUUUGAGCAAGUUGAAAAGAUGACAAAGUUAGCAAAUGCAAAAUCCCGUGGUCGAUUCAGUUGUUUUUAUU